UUUCAACUCUGUAGAUAGUUAGGAAUUUAAAUAUAAUAAGAUGUCAUACCAUACUCUAAUUAUCUUAACUGUCAAAAAGAAAUGUCAGAACAAUAAACGGUCAACGCGGUCAUUCGUGAUUGUAAGCUCGUGCAAAGCACACCUUCCGUUAUAGUUUUCAGUUUUUACAAUUCAGAAGUGGGAUAAGAACCCAUAUUUGGAACACCCUAUUUGGAAAUAUGCCGACGAAGGACGAAAUUUUGUGUGCUUUGGCUGCCGCCAACAUUGAAGUGUCCCCGACGGCAACCAUUUCACAGCUCCGUCGCAUGUACGAGGAGAAUGUAGUGAAAGCAGAUGAGUGUACAGAGAACAAUGGGAUCUCUUCGCAAGAAAACACGUGCAUCGGUGACGCCAUAAUCUUAGCCGAAGCUUCGCCGACGGUCGACACAAAGAUGGCGGAAUACACGCGAAACAGUGUUUGUAAAGACGACGCCAUUGAAAAAACCAUAGUUCACGAGAAAAUCAGUGAAGCCAGCCUUCGUGCCGAAAUAAUAGCCCUACAGGAAAAAAUUAAGGCAAUGGAGCUACGACAUCCCAAUACGGACGGAAAAUUGGCGCAUCCCGAAGAAGUAAAAUACCUAAUACCGGAAUUUUCCGACGGCCUUGGUAUCAACCAGUGGUUGAAAACUAUUCGGCAUAAUAGUGAAAUUUACAGCUGGCAAGACAGAACGAAAUUGCUGUACGCAAGCGGUCGACUAACCGGAGCGGCUCGGGAAUGGUUUGAUGGUUUCCGCAACACAAUAAAAACGUUCGAUGAGUUCGCCGAAGAAAUAAAAAAGGCAUUUCCCGACCAAGCUAACGAAGCUCUGAUACAUAGUCAGCUAGCAUCGGUGUCUAGGAAGCCAAGUGAAUCGUACAAUAGCUAUGUGUAUCGUGUGAAUGCACUUGGGAAAAAAGGCAGAGUGAGCGAGGAGGCCAUAAUCACAUACGCCAUCAAAGGGCUGUCUCGUGACCCAAUCUACAACUGCUUAAUCACAAGAGAUUACAGUGAUAUCUAUGAGCUAAUAGAUUUCAUCAAACGUCGCGAAACGCAUUUUCUGAUACGCAAAACCCAAGAUACUCGAAACCCAUCCUCCUACAGUGCGAAUGCUUCGAAGACGAACACAGGCAAAGAGAUGGUGACAGAGCGAAACGGACAGAGAUGUUACAACUGUUCGGAUUUUGGGCAUCAUGCAUCGCAAUGUACAAAACCACGUCGUACUCCAGGUUCCUGUUUUAAAUGCGGAAGCACAACUCAUAUCAUCCGCAAUUGUCCCGAGAUCACCAAACAUUCACCAAUAGUAGCUGCAGUUCAGGAUAAUGAGGAAGUUGGAGAUUUUGAAAAGGAUGGAAAUAUUGUUAAGCUAGAUCCCUUCCAAGAGUUCUAGGAGUUUUAUCAAUGAGAGCAUCAUUCCGGGACAACAAUUUGGUAUUCCUCAACCGAGUAGAUUCCGUGGAAUAGGAAACAUACAACUAGAAAUUCUUGGAAAAAUUGAACUACGUAUACGCUUUCGAAACAAAAUCUUCAAUCAUAUUUUUAUUAUCUUACCUAAAAAUUCCAUGUCAUUACCCUUGCUAAUAGGGAGAGAUUUAUUAUCUGAACUUUUCAUUUUUCUUGCUCAAUUUCGUAAAACUUAUACCAUUCCUGAACUGAUGAAAUUAAAUGUGAAUAAAACUUUGAAUACAAUAAAGCCGGUUGUUUUCCAAAAGCUUCAAACUUUGGGUCUAUUGCAUGAUUCGAUCAAGAAACCAGUUGGGGUACAUAAGGGAUUUGUUAUGUCUGAUUCUAAGAAUACUACAAACUCCGAUCUAAUUCCAAAACAAUGCGAACACGGAAGACAAUUUAUUGAAACUUUCACUGAAAUGUGCGCUAUAGACGUUGUAAAUGAAACAAGCGUUAUAAAUAUAGGAGGACAUUUAUCUAAAGGACAACAAAGCGAUAUGAAGACAAUAAUAUUUAAUAAUUACGAAAAUUACCCAGAAAAACAAGUUGUGCCAACAACUCACAAAAUGCGAAUAAGCCUUACUCAUAAUACCCCUAUAUUCACAAAACCUAGACGUCUUUCAUUUGGCGAAAGGAACAAAGUUAAAGAAAUCGUGAAGGAGUUAUUGGAAGCUGGUAUAGUAAGACCAAGUAACUCACCUUACGCCUCUGCACUUGUUCUAGUUAGGAAGAAAAAUGGUGAAAUUAGAAAAUGCGUCGACUAUCGACCAUUGAACAAAGUUACUCUCCGAGAUAACUACCCACUGCCGC